CUUGCUAUCAAGGUGACCGCUGCGGCUUGGUGGCAGUGGUACCAAACUUCCUGUGCGCUUCACCGCCUUCCAACAUUACUCCGCUGGUUUCGAUUCCCAGACAUUCUUGCUUGGCUUCUUUUGGUCUAAAUGAAGCAAACAUAUCUGUGAGUUUGGGCGUUGUUGUCGGCACCGCCAUUUGUAGCGUCUGAUGCUUACCGGAGUAAAAACGGCGGAUAAUUGCACCGCGAUGCUGAUACAACAGGUACGCUACGGCAACAUCGAUAUUCUGGUGCCAAGACGGGAGGGUGCGGGUGCUGGCAUCUAUCGGCCACAUCUUCGCGCAAAAUUUGAACCUGAUAUCUUUGGACGCAAGACAUCGGAGGAAAUUGAAGAAAAAAUAGACCGUAUAUGGGAAACCAAAUCUGCAGAAAACAACCGUCUGUACAACGCAUCCAAGUUUCGUCUGGCUGGGUGCGAGGCGUUGCAAGGAACCCUGUUGUUGCAUUUUGGCCUUACUUGCUACAAGGACAUGUGCGGCACCAACUUGUCUGAAAGUUCCUCAAGUCUGCAAGCCAAGGGUGCAAAAGACUUCUCGAAUAAACAAGCAUACAUGUCAGACGCCGUGGGGGUUGGCCUUCUUCCUGUCACCUGUGAUGGCUGUCUGGUAGUGACGCGUCGGGCAAUGUGGACCGGUGAGUACCCUGGGGCACUUGACAGGCCCGGGGGUCACCCAGAGCCAAGUCGCAUAUUUUUGCCGGACGGGUCGCUGAAACCUGACCAUGCUGCCAGAAAUAUAGAAGAAGCCGUAGCGCAGGAGGUGUGGGAGUCGGCGAGCCAGGAGGCCGUGGAUGAACUAGGCAUCGGCAAAGGCGACAUUGGGGAUGUAAUGUUCCUGGGCGUGACUCAGAACCUUGAGGCAGGGGGCAGACCGACCCUCGAGUUCUUUGCCAGGCUGGGUGUGAGCGGUGAGCGGGUGGCAACCGUGUACGAGCUGGGCAUGCAGGCCGAGGCGGAGGAGAGCAGCUCCGUACACUUGUUACCACCCCCAACUCUGGCACAUCUGUCCCGCCUCUUGCAACCCUACACACUUACAGGAGGCUCCGAGAAACCCGUGGAGCACAGAGCUGGGCCAGUGGAUGAAGACGUCCACUUUAAAGAGGCUCGCUGGCUCCUGCAGGAGGCUACUCCUGCCCUGCGGGCUUCUCUAAUCCUGGCCCUCAAGAAUAACCUCUUGUCUUCUUCCCCCUGACGAGAUAGUGCAAAUAAUUGAUAAGUCACGCAUCUCAAAUCAUACUCAUGUAUGUGCUUCAUCAACAUCGACUCCUCCUGUUCCAUCUUUGUAUUGAAUUUGACAAAAGUAAUAAAUAAAUAAAUAAAUAAAUGAAUAAAUAAAUGAUCACCGACACGCUGCACAGAUUGACAUCCUCUGUAAAUGUACAUACAAAGAAAAUAAUACACGUACUAUUCAAUGUAAUGUACUGUACCAUGUACUUGUCGGGUCACCAACAACGUCCGGAGUCAAGCUUCAAUGUAGCAAUGUAGUAUCAAACAGAUCUAAGCAACAUACAUGGGACGGAUAAUCACUGUACAGUACAUGCAUGGCGAGCUUUGGGUGUAGCAAAUAAGGGAAGGUACGGUAGGUGACUUACGCCGAUAAAUGAUAACCAGACAAAAACUUUCCCUCGUUUGACCUCAGUGCUAAUGACUCCUAUCUUAGAAUAUCCGUGGACCUGAGUGCCUGCGGUAAACAGGCGGGCAGGCAGCCAGCGGUCCACCCUAACCCUACGAGGAAAGCAA